AUGUCCGCAAAUGCCCUCCUCCACAAGCCCAUCCGUCCCCUACGACCCGCCUUGGCUCAGGUUCGGCCCCGGCAAGACGUCCUGAUUCACUGUCAAUGCCGUUGCGCCUUCCUCACGCUUAGAAUCCCGAACCUUCGAGAAGGGCUCCAGGUUCGGCGCGCGCAUAGCUUCCCCGCACGCGGUGACUUGACUUUCACCAGACGGCAGGCACCAUCUGAGAAGAAUCUCCCGUCAGCCAUGGACCGCGAUCUCAACACCACAACGGAGGGCGCCUCCCUCACGUCCUCAGCCGCACUAAUCUCGGCGCAAAGGUCCAAUGUUUCCAAAAUGGGAGACGACGCGCGCGCGCCCAAGCCUCAGGCGGAUGCAUCUAGAACCACCGCGCACGGAAGAAGGCGAAGGCGGGGCCCACCCAACCCCGUCCUCCGCAGCCAAGGCCAAGAUCAAGCCAUCCCCAAGGCCCCGCGAGCCGACCAACUCCGGCUCCAAAAGACCAGCAAGAAGCAAGCCAACCCGGAUCCCAGCCGCCCCUUCCCCUCCCCUCCCCGCCCGGGCGCCCCCGCCACCGUGCCCCCAAGCUUCUCCUCCUACAUCACCCAGGCAAACCUCCCGCCCGUCGUCGCCGCCACGCGGCAGAACCUCCUCGUCAUCCUCGAUCUCAACGGCACCCUCCUCUACCGCCCCAAGGCCUCCAAACAGCCCACCAACUUUAUCCCCCGCCCCUGGGCCGUCGAGUUCGUCACCUGCUGCGUCGAAUCCUUCACCACCAUGAUUUGGUCGUCGGCCCAGCCCCGCAACGUCCAGGCCAUGGUCACCAAUCUCCUCCCCGCCAACGUACGGUCCCGCCUCGCUGCCGUUUGGGACAGAGAUCGCUUCGGCCUCGAUCCCCGGUCCUACUACAACAAGGUCGUUUGUUACAAGCGCCUCGAAGUCGCCUGGUCCGAUCGUGUCAUCGCCCGGGCGUAUCCCCAUCGCUCAAAUAGCUGUGGCGACAAUGGCGCGGAAACGGGCCCAAACCGCUGGUCGCAGACAAACACCAUUCUGAUUGAUGAUUCACCAGAAAAGGCGACGUCGGAGCCGCACAAUCAUGUAGAGGUCCCUAGCUUCGUAAAAGACCAACCUGAGCUUGACGUCCUGCGCCAGGUUUACGAAUACUUGAACAAUCUCGCAUAUCAACAAGAUGUCAGCCGCUAUAUGCGGCAAAGCCCCUUCCGGGUCCAGAUGGAGGACCGUCGUGGACAUGAUACUUAG